UGUACUGUUCAGUGCAUUGAGUCUAAACUUUUCAUUUAUUGUGUCAUCUUAUUCUAUACAUUAGGUACUAUAGCCUGAAUAAUGCUGACUCAUAGGAGUUGUGUGCAGCAUACACUUUUCAGAUAAUAUACUUUGUUUUUGUCACCACCUUGGUUUGUUGCAAAAUUAAAAGGACUUCUGCCACUAACUUAGGAACAUUAAAUUGAAUUAAAACAUAUUUCUCAUCAUGCGGUAUCUGUAAUUGUGUGGCUGUGAGGAUUCGGCAAGGAGUUGUCUUGUAUUUUACAUGUACCGUUUCACGGUGUACUUUGAAUUGUACAUUCAUCUGCGAUAGCUGUUUGCAGUUGCAAGAGAUGUUAAACUCUGAGAGGAGCAUGUUGUACCUGUUGGAUAUAUUUUAGUUGAUUCCUCAGUAGUCAUUUUUGGAAUAGGAGGAUUCUUAGCCAGAAUGCAGUAUAUUUAGAGGAUAUUUGAUCUGAAAUAUGUAGUGUAUAUAUUAUGCAUACAUGUAAUACCGGUAUUCAACUCAUCAACUCAUGAAAAAGGGAGGAGUUUUGUCAGCCCUUCUUAAGCAAUUGUAGAAAUGACUUGUCUUGCAUUUCUUGGAAAAGUACAAUCUUAGUCUCUGCAAUUCAUGGAGUAACAGUCAUAGUGGUGGUGCCAUAUUUAUGUACUGGAGUUUAAAUACCUCAGCUUUGCUGCUAGACUUGUUCAGCUUAUUUUUAUUAAUUUCCACAAGCAUCAAUCUCUAUUUAGUUGUCACUCGCCUAAAAAACAGUUGUGAAAAGGAAAAUGGAUCAGAAAGAAGGAAACUUUGCGCAGCUUCUUACAGCAAAAGGAGAAAUUGAAGGAGAGGAUCUUUACGGAAUUGACAAUGAAUGGAAUGAGAUAGAAGUAUAUAUUGUAAAAGAUGAAAGAGGAGCAGAGGACAACGAUAUAGGGAACGACAGAGAAGGAUUAGAAAAGGGAGGGGAUGGUUUAACUUCAGUAGAGGAAGGAGUAGACAAAAUGGACAUGGAUGGCAUGCAGAGUAAGAAGGAAAGUCAUGAAAGCCAGAAGAAUGGAAAAUUAAUAGGAGAAAAUGGAGAAGAAAUCAAAGGAGGAGAAGGAGAAGAAGAAAAAGAAGAAGAAGGAGGAGGAGAAGAAGGAGGAAGAGAAGAAGAAGGGGAAGGAGUUGAAGAAGAAGAAGGAGGAGGAGAUGGAGGAGAAGAAGAAGGAGACAAAGGAGAAGAAGAAGAAGACAGAGGAAGAAGAAAAGAAGGAAGAGAAGUAGAAACAGCAAAAGAAAAAGGCAAAGAGAAAGAAAAAGAAUUAGGAGGAGAAGGGAAUAUGAGAGAAGAAGAAAAGGGAGGAGGAGAAGAAGUGAGCACAAAAGAAGAAAAAGUAGAAGGGGGAGACAAAGAAGGAGAAGGAAGGAGAGGAACAGAUAGUUCUAUUCUCAUCCCGGAGUGGUUGUUUGAACAACCAAACAUCUGUCAAGAUGAUGCAACACGAGGAGCAAGUGGUUCAUCAUCAUCAUCAUCGGAAGAUAAGAUGGAGUCUCCUCGAUGUCGAUGCUGCCCCUCUUGGCAUCCUUGGUUCUUCAUCGGUCUCGGUUGGUUACCCAUCUUGGUUGGCAUCUUCCUUUCUCUCAGUAUCGUCAUACCAUAUUGUAUUGCUGUAGGCUUGAAACACGUAUCACCAGGAUUUCCCUAUAUCAGGUGAGUGCUAGUGUCUCUUCAAGGCCGCACUUUUAA